AUGGCUGCAGCACUGGUUUGCUCUAUUUUUUUCCUUGUAAUCACACUCUCUUCUUUCGCAGACGCUCAAACGGACACGGCUAAAGUAGCCCUGGGUUCAACCCUCUACGCCAAUGAUGACAACUCUACAUGGACCUCAGAAUCAGGUGAUUUUUCUUUCGGGUUUCGCCGUUUUCCAGGUCAAGAAGAUCAAUUCCUUCUUGCUAUAUGGUUUGCCAAGAUACCUGAUAGGACAAUAGUGUGGUCUGCACCUGCGCAACCUGUGCCUAGAGGAUCGAAAGUUGAGUUGACACCUGAUGGAUUGCUUCUACUCCAAGCACCUGGAAGCUCAGAAUUAUGGAGCACUGCAAACAGAAAUAACGAGAAACCGCUGAACGGCGCUAUGCUCGACACAGGAAACUUUGUGAUCGUAGCUAAUGCUUCAAGCAACAUAUGGGAAAGCUUCAGGAACCCAACCAAUACAAUCUUGCCAACCCAAGUACUGAAUGUUAGAGACAAGCUUUCUUCAACUCUCCUGGAGAAGAAUUUUGCCAAGGGAAAGUUCGAGCUGCUGCUUGGUUCAAGCGAAUUGAUGCUUCGACAAAGAGAUGUAAUAACUGGCUACCCUUAUGGACCAUAUCUUAGAGUUCCAAAUGUAUUGCAGUUAAUCUUUAAUGAGUCAGGUGAUAUAUUCACCAAGCAAGUAAACAAUACGAUGAUCCAGCGUACUGAAGGAAGCUUUCCAACGAGUGCAAAUUUCUACUUCAGGGCAACACUUGAUUUUGAUGGAACUUUUACAGAGUAUAUCCACCCAAGGAAUCCAAAUGGAAACGAGAACUGGUCAGUGGUAUCUGUAAUUCCUCCUAACAUCUGCUUUAUUCGAGUCGACAUGGGAGGUGGCCCUUGCGGAUAUAAUAGCUAUUGUGAAGCUGGUCCUCAUGGCAAGCCUAAGUGUGGAUGUCCACCUGGUUUUUCUAUCUUGGAUCCCAACAAUCCGUAUAGUGGCUGUAAACAAGCUGGUGGAAACUUUCAUCAGGAUUGUAACCAGUUACAACCAAUCAUUGAGGAGGAACGUAUCGACUUCUUUUUUAUGGAUGGAGCCGAUUGGCCUUUCACAGAUUAUGAGCAGUUGACUCCUUCGUCAGAAAAUGAAUGCAGGAGCUAUUGCUCGAGAGAUUGUAAUUGUGCAGUUGCCAUUUUCCAAGACCCGAAGUUCAAUAAUGGUAAUGGGAGCUGUUGGAAGAAGAAGCUUCCUCUUUUAAAUGGCAGGUUAGACCGGGGUGCUAUUGAUAGAAGAGCUCUAUUCAAAGUAUUGAAGGAAAAUGCUUCUUCACAGCUUCCACCGAAUCCAAAUUCCAGGAAGAAAGAUCAAGAUCAAGUAGUAUUGAUUCUCUCAGUCCUCUUGGGAACCUCUGCGUUUCUCAAUUUCUUUUCUGUUGCUGCAAUCUCUCUGGCUAUCUACUUAUUCGGGCAAAGAAAAUUUUAUAGCCUUUGCAAAACUUCAGAUGAGAGAGAUCUAGAAACAAAUUUGCGUUCUUACAAAUACAAGGAUCUUGAAAAGGCUACGAACAAUUUCAGGGAAGAACUGGGCAGGGGUGCUUUUGGCACUGUUUACAAAGGAUUGUUACCAUCAAGCACUCGAAACUACAUUGCUGUUAAGAAGCUAGAAAAAAUGGUUCAAGAAGGGCAGAAAGAAUUUCUAAGUGAAGUGAACACCAUUGGCCAAACUCAUCACAAGAAUCUGGUCCAGCUGCUUGGCUACUGCUAUGAAGGUGAGGGACGACUCCUGGUCUAUGAAUUCAUGCAAAACGGCUCUUUAUCAAGCUUCCUCUUUGGAUCUCCUCGGCUAAACUGGCAACAAAGAGUACAGAUUGCAUCAGGAAUUGCAAGAGGACUCAUGUACUUGCAUGAAGAAUGCAGCAAGCAAAUCAUCCAUUGUGACAUAAAGCCUCAAAACAUACUCUUGGACGACACCUUCACAGCAAAGAUUUCCGACUUUGGACUUGCCAAACUUUUGAUAAACAAUCAGACCCGAACGCUCACUGGCAUCAGGGGAACUAAAGGUUAUGUUGCUCCGGAGUGGUUCAGGAACACUCCGGUGAGUGUGAAGGUAGAUGUAUAUAGCUUUGGAGUGAUGCUGUUAGAGAUCAUUUGCUGUAGAAGAUGUGUGGAGUUUGAGAUGGAGAAAGAAGCAAUACUAGCUGAUUGGGCUUAUGAAUGUUAUCAUCAAGGAAAAGUAGAGACCUUGGUGUUAAAUGAUCAAGAGGCAAGAAGUGAUCUUAAGAAGUUGGAGAAGUUCGUAAUGGUGGCACUAUGGUGUGUCCAGGAUGAGCCGUUGCUAAGACCUUCCAUGAGGACAGUAACCUUAAUGCUAGAAGGGAUUCUUGAGGUUUCUGUGCCUCCAUCACCUUUCAGUUACAGUUCUCUAUCCUCUUCAUCUCUUGAAUCCCUAAAUGAGAAGUCUGCCAGUCAAUCAAAAGGCAGGAAAUAA